CGGGUGACAGCGCGGCCGUGGAAUAUUCAUCAGCUCGUCUCUCAUCCUUCCUCCCCUCCAUCGGACUGUAGUCUGCAGCAGCCCGCGCGCGCACGCACGCACGCACGCACGGUCCUCCUCCUCCUCCGCCGCCACGACCGCCCUCUCCUCCCGCCCCCUCCCCUCUCAUCCGGGCCGGGACCGUCCCCUUGCAAAGAUUAACCCGCGGGAGUGGGGAGGGAGGGGGGCUGUGGCUCCGCCGCCCACCGACGCGGAUGUCCUUGAGCUCGGCCUGCACGGUCCCCGAGCAGCAGUGCUAGCCACCUUGGAUCCACGUCCUGUCUGAAGAAUCGGCUAACUUUUGGCCCCUCUCUCCAUCCGCCGAUCUCCCCUUGACCCCGCGCCCGCGUCCAUGGACUGGCUGUGAACCUGGAGGGAGGGGCGACAGGCGAGACCACAGUGAAGAAAGCUGCGAUCCCGGGGCUCCUGAAGUGCUCCUGCUCGCUGUUCUUCAUCCCCCUCCUCCUCCUCCUCCAGUGAUGGAGAAGUGAAGGAGCAGCAGACGGCGAGACCGAGGAGGAGUUCAAGCAAUAAGGAGUCAAGGAAGGGGUGAGGCGGGCUGUGGAGCACAUGAACAAGCUGUCAGCAGACACACACUGAGCUGAGGACGGACAAGGAAGGAGGAACGCAACACGGAUCCGCCUCGGGUCAUGUCAACAACGGCGACCAUGGGCGACAUGGGCAACAGCACCGUGGAGUUUUACCCCAAAGGGACUCGCGGGGGAGGAAAGGAGGAGGGCGGCCACGGCGCGGGAGACUUUGGGGUCACGCUGACGGAACUGAGGGAGCUGAUGGAGCUCAGGGGGAACGAUGCCCUGCAGAAAAUCCAGGACAGCUUCGGAGACACAGAGGGCCUCUGCCAGAGACUACAGUCCAGCACGUCUGACGGUCUCAGCGGGGACCCAGCAGACCUGGAGCGUCGUGGUCAGGUCUACGGCCAGAACUUUAUUCCCCCCAAGAAGCCCAAGACUUUCCUGGAGUUGGUGUGGGAGGCCCUGCAAGAUGUCACGCUCAUCAUUCUGGAGAUCGCCGCCAUCAUCUCUCUCGCCCUCUCUUUCUACCAGCCGCCCGGAGACGAAACCGAGUCGUGCGGCAACGUGUCGGCAGGAGCGGAGGACGAAGGCGAGGGGGAGGCCAACUGGAUCGAGGGCGCCGCCAUUCUGCUGUCGGUGGCGUGUGUCGUCCUGGUGACGGCGUUCAACGACUGGUCCAAAGAGAAGCAGUUCCGGGGCCUGCAGAGUCGAAUCGAGCAGGAGCAAAAGUUCACGGUGGUGCGGAAAGGAAAUGUCAUCCAGAUUCCGGUGGCCGACAUGAUGGUGGGGGACAUGGCCCAGGUGAAGUACGGGGACCUGCUACCAGCCGACGGUAUCCUGGUCCAAGCCAACGAUCUGAAGAUCGACGAGAGCUCUCUAACGGGAGAGUCUGACCACGUACGCAAAUCUGUGGAAAAGGACCCGAUGCUGCUCUCAGGCACUCACGUGAUGGAGGGUUCAGGCCGCAUGCUGGUGACGGCCGUUGGCGUCAACUCGCAGACGGGCAUCAUCUUCACGCUGCUUGGGGCCGGAGAUGUGGAAGAAGACGGCAAAGAAAAGAAAGGAAAACAACCCGAUGGCGCCGUGGAGAACAACCAGAACAAAGCCAAGAAGCAAGAUGGCGGCGUCGCCAUGGAGAUGCAGCCCCUCAAGAGCGCGGAGGGAGGAGAAGUGGAAGACCGUGAGAAGAAGAAGACCAACAUACCGAAGAAGGAGAAGAGUGUCUUGCAGGGCAAGCUCACCAAACUGGCGGUUCAAAUUGGCAAAGCAGGUUUAGUGAUGUCCGCCAUUACUGUUAUCAUCCUGGUGCUCUACUUUGUCAUCGACACCUUUGUUGUUGAAGGCCACGUGUGGGUGACAGAAUGUACCCCGGUCUACGUCCAGUACUUUGUCAAGUUCUUCAUCAUUGGAGUCACCGUACUUGUGGUCGCCGUGCCGGAGGGUUUGCCGCUCGCCGUCACUAUCUCUCUGGCGUACUCUGUCAAGAAAAUGAUGAAGGACAACAACCUUGUGCGCCACUUGGACGCGUGUGAGACCAUGGGCAACGCCACUGCCAUCUGCUCCGACAAGACGGGCACGCUCACCACCAACCGCAUGACCGUGGUUCAGGCUUACGUCGGUGACGUGCACCACCGCGUGAUCCCGGACCCAGGACAGAUCAACCCCCGGAUACUGGACAUAUUAGUCAACGCUAUCGCCAUCAACAGUGCCUACACCUCCAAGAUCUUACCACCGGAUGUGGAGGGAGGUCUGGCCAAGCAAGUGGGUAACAAGACGGAGUGUGGCCUCCUGGGAUUCGUACUGGACCUGCAACAAGACUACAUGCCUGUCAGAGAGCAGAUCCCUGAAGAGAGACUCUACAAGGUGUAUACCUUUAACUCGGUGCGUAAAUCCAUGAGCACAGUGACCAAGCUGCCAGAUGGUUCCUUCCGUCUCUUCAGCAAAGGAGCCUCGGAGAUCAUGCUAAAAAAGUGUUCUUACAUACUCGAUCCCAAUGGAGAAUCUCGGACUUUCCGCCCACGUGACAGAGAUGAGAUGGUCAAACAGGUGAUCGAGCCGAUGGCGUGUGAGGGGCUGAGGACCAUCUGCAUCGCUUACCGUGACCUGCCCACCAAUCCAGAGCCCGACUGGGAAAACGAGGCCGAGAUCGUGACGGAGUUGACCUGCAUCACUGUGGUCGGGAUUGAAGAUCCAGUACGACCUGAGGUACCGGAGGCCAUCCGGAAGUGUCAGCGAGCGGGCAUUACUGUGCGGAUGGUGACUGGCGAUAACAUCAACACAGCCAGGGCCAUUGCUGCCAAAUGUGGAAUCAUUCACCCCGGGGAUGAUUUUAUCUGCCUCGAGGGCAAAGACUUCAACCGACGAAUCAGGAACGAGAAAGGAGAGAUUGAACAAGAACGCAUCGAUAAAAUCUGGCCUAAACUGCGCGUGUUGGCUCGCUCUUCGCCAACAGACAAACACACUCUUGUCAAAGGCAUCAUUGACAGCAGCGUCCUUGAACAGAGGCAAGUGGUCGCAGUGACAGGCGAUGGAACCAACGAUGGACCAGCUCUGAAGAAGGCUGAUGUCGGCUUCGCUAUGGGCAUCGCGGGGACAGACGUGGCGAAAGAGGCAUCUGACAUCAUCCUGACCGAUGACAACUUCAGCAGCAUCGUCAAGGCGGUGAUGUGGGGACGAAACGUCUACGACAGCAUCUCCAAGUUCCUGCAGUUCCAGCUCACAGUGAACGUGGUGGCCGUCAUAGUGGCCUUCACCGGGGCCUGCAUCACUCAGGACUCACCUCUGAAGGCAGUGCAGAUGCUGUGGGUGAACCUCAUCAUGGACACGUUUGCUUCCCUGGCCCUGGCCACCGAGCCCCCUACUGAGGCACUGUUGCUACGGAAACCCUACGGCCGCAACAACCCGCUCAUUUCCCUCACCAUGAUGAAAAACAUCUUGGGCCACGGAGUGUACCAACUCGUCAUCAUCUUCACCCUGCUCUUCAUAGGCGAGCGCAUUUUCAACAUCGACAGCGGCCGCAACGCUCCGCUCCACUCGCCGCCGUCCGAGCACUACACCAUCAUCUUCAACACGUUUGUGCUCAUGCAGCUCUUCAACGAGAUCAACGCACGCAAGAUCCACGGGGAGCGCAAUGUCUUUGACGGCAUAUUUUCCAACCCCAUCUUCUGCUCCAUUGUUCUGGGGACCUUUGCAAUGCAGAUCGUGAUUGUGCAGUGGGGAGGAAAGCCGUUCAGCUGCGCUCCGCUCAACAUGGAGCAGUGGCUCUGGUGUCUGUUCGUGGGAGUUGGAGAGCUGCUCUGGGGUCAGGUAAUUGCCACCGUGCCGACGGAGCGGCUGCCAUGCCUGAAGGAAGCGGGGCUUGGUCUGGAGCCGGGGGAGGAGGAAGGGGAGGAGCUUGCAGAGGAUGAAGAGGAGAUUGAUUGUGCUGAGAGGGAGUUGCGUCGUGGACAGAUCCUCUGGUUCAGAGGCCUCAACCGCAUCCAGACUCAGAUGCGGGUGGUGAAAGCGUUCCGUAGUUCUCUGUACGAGGGCCGGGAGAAGCCAGAGUCCCGCAACUCCAUCCACAACUUCAUGGCCCACCCGGAGUUCCUCAUCAACGACCUCAUCCACAACAUCCCGCUGAUCGACGACACCGACGUGGACGACGAGUCCGAGCUCAGCAGAUACCAGCACGUGCACCCGGCCCUUCGCAAGCCGCCGCCCCCGCCCGCCCAGUCCCAGCCCGCGUCCCGCAGCCGCCCCGCCCGCCCGUACCGCCAGCACAGCCUCCCAGUGACCCGGUGCAACCGGAACAACAACAACAACAGCAGCGCCUCGCCGGUCGCCCCCGGCAACUACCGUCCCCAUCAUCGCCACCAUCGACACUGCGGCAGGGACCGGUUGGGGAAGCCCCCCGGCCCUCACCUGGCCCACCUGUACUGUGUGGAGACCACCUUAUGACUGGGCGGGGAGAAAAGGGAGGACGCACAUGUGACAUUUCCAUCCAAUCGCUCGACAGGGCGGAUAUGCGGGAGGACAAUGGCUGCUCCUAGAUCUCCAUGACGACACCCCCACCACCACCACCCCACCACCACCCCUUCCCCACCCUCACCUUGACCUUGACCCUCCACCCCUCCAGGUAACGAGCUGUGAGUUUGGGGCUAUAGGGCGGCAUGGGGACCACUCUCUCCCGCGUUCCUAUUGGUCACAUCUGGUUGCCAUGACGCCGCAAUGAUCCGCUCGUCGUCCAAUCGUUCAAGCUUUAACUCAUCGUCUGUCACCCCCGCAUGAUAUUUCUUUGAUUUCCUCUCUCUCUCUCACUACGUGUGUGUUGUCUCUUAUGGGUGGGGGGGUUACAAAAACAGAAACUUGUUAGAAAAAGACCAAUUCCAGACAAAUAUUAUCCAUUUAGUAUAUGUUGUUUUUUUGAAGCGACAACAAAAAAAGGUGUCGUAACGGUCGCCAAUACUUCCCCACAUGAUAUAAUGUACGUGUAUGUGUGUGUGUGUAUGUGUGAUUCACACACACACGUAUAUGCAGAACUGGUGUUGGGUGUCUCGAACGCUCCUCAUUACGCAUACACAGUACAUCCAUCCAUGUAUCCAUGAAUAUGUUUUUUUUUUAAGCGAAAACCUAAAACUUGUCAUAUCAGUCGCCAAUACAUGAUAUGAUAUACAUGUAUGUGUGUGUGUGUGUGUUUGAUUCACACACACAUACAUGUAUAUGCGACACAUUGGGCCAUGCAUAUGCAGAACCGAUGUUCGGCGUCUCGACUGCUUCUCAUUGAGCCUAUCAGUAAAAGAAGGACAUACAGUAUGUUUGUGUAUGAAUAUGUUUAAAUUUUUUAAGCGAAAACCUGACACUUGUCAUAACAGUCGGCAAUACUUCCCCACACGAUAUGAUGUACGUGUAUGUGUGUGUGUGUGUGUGUGUGUGUGUGUGUGUGUGUGUGUGUGUGUGUGUGUGUGUGUGAUUGACACACACAUACACGUAUAUGCGACACAUUGGGCGAUGCAAUUGCAGAACCCAUGUUCGGCGUCUCGACCGCUCCUCAUUAAGCCUACCAGUAAAGGAAGGAUAUACAUGUAUUAAUAUGUUGUUGCUUUUAAGCGAAAACCUAAAACUUGUCAUAUCAGUCACCAAUACUUCCCCACAUAAUAUGAUGUACAUGUGUGUGUGUGGGAUUCACACACUCACACACACUUACAUGCGGUAAAUUGGGCCGAUGCAUAUGCAGAACCGAUGUCCGGUGUCUCUCAUUAAGCCUACCAGUAUUGGAAGGACAUACAGUAUAUUUAUGUACGAAUGUUUUGUUUUUUAAGCGAAAACCUAAAAAUUAUCCUAUCAGUUGCCGAUACUUCCCCACUUACCGGUAAUAUGAUGUACGUGUAUGUAUGUCUGUAUAUGUGUGUGUGUGUGUGUGUGUGUGUGUGAGUGAGUCACACAUACACGUAUAUGCAGCACAUUGUAUGCGUCUCUCAUUAAGCCUACCAGUAAUGGAAGAAUAUACAGUAUAUGUGUGUAUGAACGUUUUUUUAAGCGAAAACCUAAAAUUUGUGUACGCGUAUGUGUGUGUCAAUGUACAUACGAUACAUUGGGCCGAUGCAUAUGCAGAACCGAUGUUCGGCGUCUCUCAUUAACCCUACCAGUAAUGGAAGGAUAUACAGUAUAUUUGUGUAUGAAUAUGUUUUUGGGUUUUUUAUCAGUCGCCAAUACCCCACAUGAUAUGAUGUACGUGUAUGUGUGUGUGAUUCACACACACAUACAGGUAUAUGAAAAAUGGGACCCAUUACCUCCCUGCUUGGCACUCAGCAGCAAGGGUUGGAAUUGGGGGUUAAAUCACCAAAAUGAUUCCCGGGCGCAGCCACCGCUGCUGCCCACUGCUCCCCUCACCUCCCAGGGGGUGAUCAAGGGUGAUGGGUCAAAUGCAGAGAAUAAUUUCGCCACACCUAGUGUGUGUGUGACAAUCAUUGUACUUUAACUUUUAACUUUUAUGUAGCACAUUGGGCCGAUGCACAUGCAGAACCGAUGUUCAGCGUCUUGACCGUUCCUCAUUCUCGACGUUCUCUCCCCCACCCUCCAAACUUUGCUGUGCUUCAUGGUUUUUCCUUUGGGAGGGUGCAAAAAAAACAAAAAACAAAAAAAAGCUGAGAGCUGGCGAAGCGUUAUCCCUUUAAACGGCAUCAGGUCACAACGCACAGACGACGGCCCUUUAAGACGCACAUGCACUCAUCUGCUCACAUGCCAUCGGGGUCACCGCCAUCGCAAACAGGCCCCGCCCCCAAAGAGGAUGACGUAAGAUGGGUUGGACAUGAUCAUAUUUUAUUUCUUUACAGCUGAAGGCCGCGAGUGUGACCGUGCGCGCGCGACUUGCAGGGCAAACCAAGGACAUGAGGCCAGAAUGUUUAUUUUAACUCAAUAAAUUCUGAUCGUUGUUUUUUAACUGUUAAAUCUAGCGCUACUGACGCAUUAAUGGACUAUUCUUUGGUUUUUGGGUGUACUUACUGUGUUUUUGGGUCUGCUUCCUGUUUCACGCUCUUAUUUUGCUCCCAUUUCCUGUUUUUGUAAAGUUACCGCACUAGGAACAGGAAGUGGGAGCGAAAUAAGAGCGCCAGACAGGAAGCAAACCCAAAGCACAGGAACUACACCCAAAAACCAAACAAGUCGUGUCUCCAACGAUGCAGCAAUGUUGGGUGUCAAUUUAAGAGAAAAAAAAACCCUCACAUGACUGAUACAGCUGCUGUGUUAUCAAUAAGAGCUUCUUUCAUCAUUUUGAUGUUAUAGCGCCAAAUAAGGUGCAUUUUCUUUAUUUCCCGUUUACUAUUUGCUUGAAAAAAACUAUUUUAUCUGCUGGCUAUUCAUUUUAUUUGCGGGUCAAAUUGAAUGGCUUUUUUUAAUCCAACACAGCGUCAAUGCAGCCAGUGUGUGUGCCACACGCUCACUGAAGCGUCUUUUACUCAUUAUAUGUAGUCGUGGCAGUUAGUUAGUUAGUUGGGGUGCACAAAAAAAUAGAUUCACAUCCAAAUUGCAGUUCUUAUUGAUGCCGAUUCUAAAUUGAUUCCUAAUUUCCAAAACUAUAUAUAAAACAAAAAUUAUAAUAUUUUUUUUAUUUUUUAUUACAAGAAUACAUUUUAAAAGACGUUUUAGGCCAUCUUCAUGCAACCAAAGGGAGUUUUUCUAACUAGUAACCUCUUUUGAAAAGUUUCAUUAUAAUUAUCAUACCGAAUAAUACAUUGUGAGAACCGGUUUGAAUCGAUUCUGAAUCGAAUCGUCACCCCAGAGAGGGUUGGAAUCGUUAGGUGCCCAAAGAUUCCAAAAUGGGAUAAGGAACAACUGAUUCAAUGUUGAGGCUGAUACGGAUCAUUUCUACUACGUUACCUUGCCUGAGCUUCAACUUCUGUGUGUGGCCCCGCCUACACCCACAGAGACAAAUAUGGUGGCUGACUGACAAGAGGGUUCACUCCACUUCUUUCAGUCUGCUAUGGAUAGCUCAAAAGGGUUAUGGGCGGAUUUGCAUGAAACUUUCAGAAAUAAAGUAAGGAACAAGUGAUUACAUUUUGGGGCUGAUCCGGAUCACCGUCUGGAUUCAGGAUUUAUUUUUUUUUUACCGUUAGGAGUUUGGCGCUCUUUUAAACACAAAAUCUUUGUCUUGGCCUUUCUUUGCCGCCCGGCUGGGAAUAAUAUGAUGAUAUUAAUGAUGUGCAUCCAUGUUUGACUCCAUCCAAGUCACCAAAUGUGUUCAAAAUGUUACAAGUGAACACGGCCGUGUGCGAGAUAAAUAUUGGACAUAUAAUGCUCGGGCUGCUGUGAGGAAUUCUAAAUUAAUGUCGAUCAAUUCCAUAACAUAAAAAAAAAAAAAGCUGAAUUUACAUUUACUGUGCUGUAGGGGUAUUAAGGUGAGCAAAUCAAGCGCUCCUUUACUCCUACAUGGCAGGAAGUUAGUAAACCUCCCUGAGCUUAUUGUAAACAAACAUAGCGUCGAUCGUGUAGGACUUCUUCACUCUGUGCGCGUUUUUCGAGCCAAAUGUUCUACAAACAUCACUCUUCAACACAUCAAACCUUAGUCGCAAAGUAAAGUGCACAAACGAAACUUAAAUCUACAGUCUAAAAAAAUAAUGCAUAUCAGUCUUCGGAAGCAGGAAGUUAAUUGAUUUCUUUAUUACGAAGGCUUUUUUUUUGGACACUGAAUUACCGUAACUGAAUGUUUUGUGUUUGAAAUUUAUAAACAGAAAUUUUUACAUCAUAACAUGGUGACAAUUUUACUGAAUAAAAAUGUGUGGGCACACUACAUUUUAAAACAUACAAUUUUUAUACACUGAAUGUUAAAACAUUUAAUGUUUAUACAUUAAAUUUUAAAACACUGAUUUUUUCUGCACUGAUUUUUUUUAUACACUGAAUUAUAAUACCCUGAAUUUUGUUUUACACUGUAAAAUUUAGUGUCAAAAAAAUUGUGUAAAAUAAAAGUCAGCAUAUAAAAAUUCAGUAUAAAAAAAAUUAAUGUUUUAAAAUUGAGUGUCAAAAAAAUCUGUGUAAAACAAAAUUUAGGGUAUAACAAUCCAGUGUCAAAAAAAUCAGUGUAAAACAUACGGUGCAGAAAAAUUCAGUGUAAAAAAAAUUCUGUGUAAAACAAAAUUCAGGGUAUAAAAACUCAAAUGUACAAAAAUUCAGUGUAAAACAUACGGUGCAGAAAAAUUCAGUGUAAAAAAAAUUCUGUGUAAAACAAAAUUCAGGGUAUAAAAACUCAAUGUAAAAAAAUUCAGUGUAAAACAAAAUUCAGGGUAUAAAAAUUCAGUGCCGAAAAAUUUUGUUUUUUAAAAUUCAGUGUAUAAAAAUUCAAUAGAGUUUUGAAGCAACUAAUAUUUCUGCACGAACAUUUUACACACUGAAUUUUAAAGCACUGAAUUUUUAUACAAACACAUUUUGCUCUCAAAUCUUAAUUCAAUGAAAUUGUCAGCAAAAUUGGAUGUAAAAAAAAAAAUUUAAAAAAAAACAGUUCGCAAAAUUUAAACCAAAAUUCAGUGUCAAAAAUAUUUUUUGGUAAUGACGACAAAAAUGGACCUUGUGUUAUCAUCUAGUGAAAAAAAUGUUGUGCAUCCCUACUAAAAAAGUCCAAAGUCAAAUAUUUACAUGUUUAAAGGCGUAACUGACGGAGUGUGCCUUGGUUUGCCCUACAGCUCGUGAGUUUUUGCCUCACCCCUCACUUCAAGUGGCGUGAAGAAUGCACCAAAGUCCGAAAGAGAAAGAGAUGAUUCAGUAUUAUCUGCUCACAGACGCCACCUAGUGGUUGUAUAGUCCCGCUCCCUUCCUUCAUUUCUUCAGUCAUGUGCAGGAUUCUCAUAGGAAUGAGGAAGAAAGCAAAAUAUGUAAAUACUGACGUUGUCAAGGCAACGAUGUGAACGUUGUGGAAGUGGACGACGUAUUUGGCUAUUUUUCAACAUUAUUAUCACCGGGACCUGUUUGGGUCCCCGGGAGCUCAAACGCUGUAUUUGGGUUGAUGCUGACAAAAAUAUCACACAUGCUUGACAUGUCGCCGCGUUCAUCCCGCCAACAAACAAGAGUGUCCGCACAGCGUGUGUGUGUGUGUGUGUGUGUGUGUGCUGCAACGCGAUGCAAUCCCCCAAGCCCCCCCACAACCCAUCUCCCCCUCCCCCUGUCGACUUCCUGAGCUCCCCCCCCCCCCCCCCCAUCAGAAAAAGACAAGGGCGGAUAAUAUGCAACCGGUGGACGUGUCGUCUCGUGUAACCCAGAUUAGAAAGGAACGCCGACACAUGCAAAAACUGUCCUGCUCGUCGUGUUUCAGGCUCUCUGGGAACGUCUUUUAACUGUACAGAACUCUCGUCUUCUCGAAUGCUCGCCAUCCAUCUUGGCCGCCGCCGCGCGGCCAUUGUGUUGCUGUCUGUUUUGAAGCAUGCAUUAUGGGUAUCAUUAAUGUCACUCUUUAUGUGUAGGUCCAUCAUUUAGGCUACUGUCACGACUGUGCGCUACCAACAUUUACACACACACACACACAUACACACACACACGCACACACACCUGUUCAAGUGUCACACACUAAUGAAGAAAAAAAAAAAAAAAAAAGGCACAUGCUGAUGAAUUUUACCGUGUUGUAAAUUAGACGGUCCAGUUUCUGACAUUUGCGUCCAAUCAUGCGUUCCACACGGCGAUGUCACGAGACCGGAAGGCGAAGCAGAAUGUGAGGGAGAAAAUAUUUACCCCGAAGUGUCGGAAUGGUUCUGUACAGAUCUCGCCCCCAAAUGUGCAAACUCUUCAUUUCCAGGUACUUUUUUUUUUUUUUUUUUUUUUUAACGCUCUUCUUUUCUCUCAGCCCUUUUUGCUUUUUUCUAAGAAGAGGGACAACAACAACAACAAAAAAACGGGAGCGCUUGUAUUAUAUCACCAUGGUUACCGUCUCCGCCCCUCCCCCCAUCCGCCGACGGAAAAACAAGUUGUCGCACAUUAUCCCGAGCGUUUUUUUUUUGUUUGUUUUUUUUUCUCCUGGCGGCUGUGUUUUCUGUCAGGCGGAACAAGAAGAGCCCGAGGCGUCGACUCGUAAAUCGGCGGGGAUCGGAUCGAGAGGAAUGGAGCGAAUUGAGGCUGGACCACGGAGCUAGAGACUGCAGGAGUGCAAUGCAUUAUGGGCAUUGUUUAGGCUGCUCUUUUAGAUCUGCUGCAAGGGGAGAAAUGACAGAUUUUACAUUUAUCCAUGAAACAUUACGUUGUAUACCCCCCCCCCCCUUCCUCCCCCUUCUUCUUGCACAAUGUUCUGCUGACAGAAAAUACAGCCGAAACUGUUCUGAAAUGACAAAAAAAAAAGACCAAAAAAAAAAAACCAACCAUAAAGACUAUUGAAUAUAUUAAAGAGUUACCUGCCUGUUAUUUAAACAAAUAAAUAUCUAUAUAUGAGAAAGAACACACCUGUAUACUGUAGACUAAAACUGUAUGGAAAUCUAAGAUAAUUUAUCGGGAAUUAAGUCCAACACCUUUUAUGUCUGUAUGAAAGAAAAAAAAAAUACAUCAAAGUAUUCUACAAUAAUAACUUUGACAAAGUC